UCCUCUUUUACUCAGUGCACAGAACAGUUACAGACCAGAGUUUGGAGAGUGACUGCUCCAAUGCCUGAAAACACGCAUAUGGCUGAGGACCAAAGCCCUGAGAAGAGCUCAGAGGGCGACGAUGCUGUAAAAAAGAAAAAGAAUCCAAAGAAGAAUAAAAAGGGCCAAGCAUGGGCUCAGGAGGGACCACGGGACCCCUUUGAACUGCUGGAUGCUCUCCCUGAACACAAGCAGCAGGAGAUCCAGAGAGCCCUGCACCUCUUCUCAUUGGGCCAGGGCCCACCCAAAAACCUGCAGGAUGCCCGCAGACACAACUUCCGCUUCUGGAACACCCAGCCAGUGCCGAAGAUAGAUGAGGAGGUGACAUCCCAUGGGCCCAUACAGCCUGAGAUGCCGAGUGUUCGAGAGGACUGUUAUUCUCUCCCGCAAGGCUUUUGCUGGGACACAUUGGACCUGGGAAACCCAGAACAGCUAGGGGAGCUGUGUACUCUGCUGAAUGAAAACUACGCAGAAGAGGACGACAACACGCUUCGCAUCCACUAUACCUCUGAGUUCCUGCUAUGGGCACUGUGCCCACCAGGCUGGCAGCGUGAGUGGCACUGUGGAGUGAGAGUCAACUCCAACAGAAAACUAGUGGGGUUCAUUGGGGCUAUUCCUGCCACUGUUCAAAUAUAUGACACAGAGAGGAAGAUGGUGGAGGUGAACUUCCUGUGUGUGCAUAAGAAGCUGCGCUCUAAGCGUGUGGCUCCGGUGCUCAUCCGUGAGAUCAGCAGGCGGGUCCAGAGGCAGGGACAAUUCCAGGCUGUCUACAGCACCAGUGCUGUGCUGCCAAAGCCCAUGGCAAGCUGCAGGUACUGGCACCGUUCCCUGAACCCGCGAAAGCUGAUUGAGCUGAAUUUCUCCUCGCUCACCCGUAACAUGACCCUUCAGCGCGCACUCAAGCUGAACCGCCUGCCUGAGACAACCAAAACCUCUGGCCUCCGCCUCAUGGCCCUGGAGGACAUACCGAGGGUUCAAACUUUGUUGAAUGAGUAUCUCAGAGGCUUCCAUCUGUUCCCCAUCCUGAACCAGGAGGAAGUUCAGCACUGGUUUCUACCUAGAGACGGCGUUGUUGACACCUAUGUGGUGGAGGGCGCAGAUGGUGUUAUAACUGAUAUGGUGAGUUUCUACACCUUGUCCUCGACAGUUCUGAACCAUCUUGCCCAUCGGAGCCUGAAGGCGGCGUAUGCUCUCUACACAGUCACCACGGCAACCUCACUGCAGCAGCUGAUAGAGGACAUCCUCGUCAAAGCUAAGGCUAGAGGAUUUGAUGUGUUCACUGCCCUGAAUGUGAUGGAGAAUAAGACGUUCCUGGAAUCUCUGAGGUUCACUGAGGGAGACGUCCAUAUGCACUACUAUCUCUACAACUGGAGAUGCCCCAACAUAACACCAGACAAGGUCGGUAUGUUGCUCAAGUAAGGGAGCCGUAUUUGCAGAGUCCUCAGAGGAGAGGUCAAAACUGAACAUGGAGAACAUCAAACAUUUUGCUUUCAAAAUCUUUUUACUGAUUGUGUUCAAAUACUUGCUUAUAGAUCAGUUUAAUUCCUCGGCCUAACGGUCCCAAUGUGUUGUGCCAGAGGAAUCAUGGUUUCGAUGUGACAUCAUUUGAGGAGGUGCAAUGGUGACAGCUGGAUUGGAUCAAAAGACACAUAUUAAUAUUACACAUUACAUAAUAUUUACUUUCUUAUCUUUUAAAAUAUACAAAUUUUUAAUGAAUGAUUUCUUAUAAUACUUUAUUUUAAUGUGAGGCAAGAAACAUUUGUAAGACAUAUAUUUAAUACCAUCUUAACUGGCUUUGGUUCUUGCGGGUACUUCGAAAUUCGAGACAUAUAUCCUCCUGUAACCUGCCAGCAUAAAUUAAAUUAAUAAAAACAUUCUUAAAUUUAA